AUGAAACAGAGACAGGACACGCAGGGAAGCACCCUGGCGUCCGUUAGUCAGCCUGACACGGGGCUCACCCCAGCCUCACAACACCUGGGAAUACUGACAUCCUCCCCUUUGGAAGAGGAAACUGAGGCCCAGGAGGCUCUGGCCAGACUGGGAUGGUGCUCCGGCCUCCAAGAACUGGUAGUGUGCCCACAGGACGGGGAUCCCUGGUCUCUGGCAGCGGGCCGGCAGCUGCCGCCCUUACAGGACAGGAGACGGGAGCAGGAAGGGGGUAUCCAGGAGGGGGCGGGAGAGGGGUCUCGUGGCGAAGGUGGAGGAACAGACGAUGCUGGCAUCCCCACGGAAUUUCCCCGCCGGGAAGAUUGUGGCGGAGGCGUGGGCUCCCCAGAACUGCGGGAGGUCAGCGAGCUACCUGGGGGGCGGGAGGGGGAGUCUCUUGCUGGCCCCUCCCUGGGCCUGCCCGGAGCGGCGGAGCCGGGGGGCCGAAGCCCGGGUCAGACUCCCGCGCCAAGGGCGCCUGCCCCACCUCAGCCGCGGCGCAGGGGUCCCGGGCCCUGCUCCGGGGAGAGCACAUUUUGCAGGGGUUGCAGAGAGCAGCGUGACCUGCCGCCUGCCCCUCCAGAGGAGCGUCGCGGUCGGUCCCUGAUCCCGCGCCUCGGUGCUUCAGUGUCUGGAAACAGGGAGCACCUGGGCGCACACCGCACCCCGCCACCCCCGCCCACUUUUCAGACGGGCACCUCGCCGGCCAAGGGCUGCGGCUUGGCCAAGGUCGCCGGGAAAGCGAGACCUCGGCGGCCCGCCCCACCCCCGAGCCCAGUCCCCGGCCCCCGGCGCGUCGCACUUACCAUGCUGGCGCCGCUCCGCGCCCCUCGCGCGCUACGGUUCCCUCGCAAGGAUUCGAACCCUCCCUCCAGCCACCGGCUCCGGGCGAGACUGCGAGGCGGCUCGGAGCGGCCGGGCGGCGGACGCCGGGGAAAACGCGGCCGGGCGGGCGGGCGGGCGGGCGCCGGAGCCGGAUUGGGACCGGCCGGGCCCCCGGAUGUGGGGGGCGGGGACGGGGGGCAACCCCCGCCCAGCGCGAGCCAACCUGAGCCCCGCCCGGACUCGCCGCGCCAGCCCCGCCGCGGCCCGCCGAGGCGCCCCGCGCCCGAGCCGCCCGAGCUCCGCUGCCGGCUGCGCCCCGCGCCGCCGCCGCCCCCUGCGCGCCGCGCUGAUCCCCGAAGGGUCGGCAGCCCCCCCGGCGCCGCCGACGUGCCCGGAGGGCGCCCUGCCCGCCCCGCUCCUCCUCCUCCUGGCCUCGCCCGCCCCUCUCGGUUUCCAGAACUCGGCAGCUCCCGGAGAGGCGCGUUCCGUCCAUCACCUCCCAGAUCCUCGCCGCCUCCUCUUAGGUAA